AUGAACUUCCUUCUCUUGCUAUUUCUGGUCUUCUUCGCCCCCCUGCUGCUGUUCACAGCAUGGCUCGCGGCUUCAUCCUGUCUGGGGAAUGGCUUCCGCCUAAGAGGCUUUUCGGCGCGACCGGGCAUGGCAUAUGGCCAGAGCUACCUCCGGACUAUGGCAAACUCUGGUCCCGCAUUGUCGGAGCAGAUUGAAAUGGACGACAUGCUAGCUGAGCCAGGAACUCACCGUCACUUUGACGAAGAAGAAGAGUAUUGA